AGAGAAAAUCACGUUGUGAAGUUAUAACUUAACCAGGGUUUUGUUGACCUCUCCUCCUUGCUUCUGAAAGUUAGUGAAUCAUUUCAUGUUAGGGCAAGAGGAUAAUUGCAGUUUGUUUCUAUAAUUGACUUACAUUUUGAUCUUGGACUACUCUGUACAUCACUGAUCACAGUGCCUCUCAACUAAGCAUUGUUAUUUCUCCAGUCUCUGCAGGCGCAAAAGAGUUGUGUUUCACGUGCCAAAUCUCUCAAAGUGCUGAGCAUCCUUAACUUCUAAUGAUUGUCAUCACAGAGAGUGCUGGGGAAGCCACAGUACAUUGUGCAAUCUGGCUUUCCAGCAGUAAUUGUAAACUGUCCUUGUCAUAGUGAAAUGACUAUUAAGCCUUCUCCCUGCAUAGAAUAAAUCUACCUUUCAACUUUGGCUUUCAUAAGAAUAUGAAGGGCCGGAUGCAGUGAUGAAAGUUCAAGUUAACUAGCCACCAUUUUUGAUCUAUAGCAGCAAUUCUCAACUGCAAGAUCUUUUUGAAGGGUGCUGCAAAGUGUGAGAAGAGAAGUGCAGGCUCAGGCUCAUUGCUACAUGGGUGUUGUCCUUCCAUCACUGCCUAGCUCCUUUGCAAGGAGACAAGAACUAUAAUAAGUUAUUUCAUUUUUUUAAAUGGGCUGCUGCUCAGUUCCAGAAGUUGUGGAGGGGUGCCCUGAGUCUGUAAAGGUUGAGAAUUACUGAUUUAUGGAGCUAGGCAUUGUCUGUCUUUUAGUUAUGACUCCAAGCUUUUGCAUCCUGAAAUCAAGUGCCUAACUAAAGGUGUGAAUGUUUCUUCUACCUGUCCCUGCAUAAGAGUGCCAGGAUUCACAGCUGGUCUCUGGAUAUUUCUGUGGUCUCUGGAUACAACUCUAAUAGUCAUCUCAGAAUCAUCAUCAACUCUCUCUGCCUAUGUGCAGGAAUUCUAUUCUUAGGAAUAGAAUUAUAUGUCUUUAGUUAACUGAAGAAGAUGAAAACAGACUUGGGAGCUUUGUUUCUUGGCCCUAAUUUGCUGCUUUUUAGGCAUUUUCAGAAAAUGAUUGAAAGUUAUUUUUAGACCCCAGAGAAGACUACAACCAAUCAGUGGUCGUGCUUUUCACAGCCAGCUCUCUCUCCCUCUGCCAUCCCAAGAGCACUUAAUUUGCUUUGAGCUGUUCUUGCCAUAGAUGGUUACAGGGGAGAACAUGCAGAUUAAAGCUGGGUUGAAGUUAUCCAUCAAAAUGUUUUCCACUCCUCCCACUUCCUACAAAAAUAAAAUUUCUACCAAAAAAAGGAAAAAGAAAAAGAAAGAAAGAUAAUUGUGGGGGACAGACCUGGCUGAUAAGUCACAAAGGUUAGCACAGCUGAGGGAUAGAAGUCCUUCAUGUGCAAGAUGAGGAAGGAAGAGGAAACAAAACGGUAUUUUGUCUAAGGCCUUCAGGAUGUGGAACUAGCCUAACAAUAUUGAAGCUCAUCCUUAAAUAAACUAGGAGCCAAUAGGCUUGUUGAAAGAUAAAAUGAUGUGACUGUUCCUCUUUGUACAUGAGAUUGGCUGUACUAUCGCAACAUAAAAUUCUGCAUUGACUAAGACAAGCUUGGAAGCACAAUUUAAAUUCUAACUACAGUGCUGUUAGUGUGCUUUGAAGUUUCCAUAUCCUAAGAGUCUGACUCAUACACUGAAUAAUUUCCAACUUACAGAGUUCUUUUUUUUUUUUCUCUUCAUUUUUUUUUAACUGCCAUGUACAGUGCUAACUUACCUAUUAAGAAGAGAAAGGCAACUUCACCUUCUCCACAGAAGUCUAUAGGGCAGUUUUUAAAAGCUUUUUUUUCCAUUUAGCAGAUAGCCCUCUGCUCCUCUGGGUUUUUUUUAACACAUUGGUUCAGAUCUUUGACCAUGAAAGAUCAUGCCAUGAAUUAUACAGAUUAACACCAGCUGCAAGUCAGGACUUUCAGCAUCAAUUCUGAAGUCUUCUGUAGUUUAUUCAGAGUUGUGAAUAUGGCAUCUUGACAAGGGAGUUUGUUGAUUCCAGAGAGUGGAACAAUGAAUGAUUUCUAUUACAAGAAGGCAAUGUUAAAUUGAUCAGAAGCUGCUUUAGCAAAAGCAGAAUUGGGAUUGUUGUGUUAAUUGAGAUUGUUGUGUUCUCUUUGUUCUAUGGAAUUUACCUGGUCACUUCCUGAUAGCGCAUCACAUACCUCAGGGUUUCUGUGACCAUCAGUAGACCAGGAAGGCCUCUUUCUUUUCCUCCUGUAUUGGCUUCUGGAGUUUUGGGACAUUGGCUAUGACCUAUGACUAAGGCUGGGGCUUUGAUUGAGCUUCCUGUUAUGGGAGGAGCUUUCAUGGACUCACCCAAUGAGGACUUUAGUACCGAAUACUCCUUGUUUAACUCAUCGGCCAAUGUCCAUGCAGCUGCUUCAAUGCAGAACCCGCCAGAAGAAACGCCCCGCUCCUCAAAUGAUGCCAUACUAUUAUGGAUUGCGAUCAUAGCAACAAUUGGAAACAUUGUGGUUGUGGGAGUGGUAUAUGCCUUCACAUUCUAAGAAGAUUGGAGACCCGAAUACUGCAGGAGUGGACAGCUACAACAGUAUUUCUCGUGUGUGUGUGUGUCUGUAUAGAUGUCUAUAUAAAUAUAGGUAGACAUGUUGUCCAUUUUAAGCACUGGCCCAGCCUAAGAAUUUGAACCUUGGUAGCAAAAAGUUUGGCUACACUUGCAAAUUGUUUGGAGGUGAAAGCUUUACCCACGAGCAAAGCCAGUAGAUGUCCUCUGUAUAAACUUGGUGUGACAGAUCAGUGUGGGUUCAUUAAAUAUAAAAAGAAAGUAAUGUUUCUAUAGAAAGUGCUUAUUUUCUACUGGUUGAAUUUUCUAUUAGCUUGUGUUUGUGUGUGUUUAAUCUGCUUUUGGGUUGGUAUUUUGAUCACAUCAUUAUAUUAAAUAACUGUACAUCUGAUACUCCCAGAAAAUGUAGUUACCUAGUUUUCCAGAUGCAAUGGAUGGGAGAGACUGGAGGAUUUUUAGGGUCCUUGAAACUGUACAUUAAGCAUAUGUGUAAAUUUGAAAUGUGCUAUCACUCAGCUGUGUUUUAAAGUGUAGCUAUUAUGAGUCUUAAAGCAAUGCAAGCAAGUAGCGGUGUGCCUGGUUUAACUAACACUCUGUUUUUCAAGUCAGUGAAUAGGGAAGAUGAUCUGCAAGCGUAUCUUGACUGUAGUAGUUCCAGAAGUUUAUGUAAUAGGUAUUACUGCCUGCAGGCAGCCUGUAUUCCAGGGGACGAAGUACUGGCAAGCAUGUGAGGUGGGAAAGGCAAAAAUCUUCAGUUUCCAUUGUACAGCUGGCUAACUGAAACAACACUGAUAGUUCAUUGGAUCUAUCCCUUCUAGAAAAUAAAGAUCUCGGUAGUAUGAUGCCUUUUUCAUUGGUUGUGUUGAAGUCCAAAUUUUCUACCAGAGUCAUCUGGUCAAGUAAACAUUAUUUAUAAAUGAAAGCAAAAUCUUAAUUCAGAGAAAUUUUGCAGCCAGAAUAACUGUCAAUGAUCCCCCUUAAGGGGGGAAGAACUGCCAUCAGAAGGAUUACUGAAUAGUCCUGUUUUGCCCAUGUGUAGGCUUCCAUAGUGAAUUGGUUUCACAAGUUAAUUAUAGUGGGGAGGCACACAGAAAAAUGGAGAGCAGUAUCUGAAGUGAAAUUGCUGACAGGCUUGACAAAAAUUCAUAUUUAGAUGUUAAUAUAUUCCUAUGGGUAGAUAAUAGCUUUGAGGGGGGCAAUGUAAAAUCACUUGCAGAUAGCAUUUUAUACAGGUAUUUAUAUUCAGUGUUCUGUUAGUAGAUAAUGUCUUUGUAUUACCUUUUGUGAGUAAUUGUUUUAAGGGCUUUACCCAUCCACAAUAAUCUGUAGCCUUCCUUACCUUGGGCAUACAUAGCUGCAUCUUCAGGCAAAACUCAAAUGAAUGCUAGUCAUGUCUUGCCUCUUUCUCCUUUUUUAAAAAGAUGCAGAGCCUGAGCAUAGAAAAAUAGCAGCUGAUAAAUAUUAAUAUGCAACCUCCACAUAUUGGGUAGUUUUCCAUAUUCUCCCCGCUUCACAGGCAUAGGGAUGACUGCUUUUUCCCCCCGUUAUUCUCUGCCAGUCAGCUCAAGGCUGAAUUAAAGCUGCCAGAUAUAUGGAGAGUUUUGGCUUAUUUUUCUCUUUGAACCACUUUCCCCUCCAAGUCAGAAUACCCUAAAUCAGCAUUUCCGCUUUUGUAUCUAUUUAUUGUUCAAAGUGUUGGCCUUUAAAGCUGCCCUGGUUCUUUUGGCAGCUGGCUUGCUGUCACACCGCUGCAGAGAUCCUUGAUCCAUGAAAUUGCAUGAGAGGAUUCCCAAAGCUGCACUCUAGAGACCAUAUUCUCCGAGAGUGAGGGAGCAAUGGCAUUGC